AAUAAAAAUGCAAGCAGGAGCUACUAACAAGGAGCUGAAGGAUAGACUCAGACAUAACUUGGUUAAUAAUAUCCAGAUAAGGGACGCUAUGACCCGUACCAAGAAUCGAGUCCUCUCACAAAAUACCCGCCGGAAAGAAGUCAAAUCUAGCAUGAAGGAUAACAGCAUGAGCAACCGAAAAUAUUUUAGAAACAGUCGAUUGAUUCUUGAUAAUAAUCAUUCUGUAUGCUCUGAUCGUAAGAGUCGUAAUAACAAGGCGAUCUAUAACAUUAAUGUAACAACAGUUUAUGUUCAGAAAUAAUUAUGGAACAAAGGAUAAGACCAGGAUCAGGUCUCCAGACCCAGUCAGUAACAACAGCAGCAUCGUGUCACCACCUCCCCACCAUGCAGGAGUGCCGAAAAGAAAUAGGAACAAGAAGUUGAUCAUAAGGGGGGACUAUAAAAACCCUACAACUUGCCAAAAGAACAAAGAUACGAAGCGGUCAGUCUCUCCUUUCCCAGGCUCAUCCAUUUCUGGUAUCUCCACUACAACAAAAGGGAUUGAUCCGCAAUUUAUCCGGAAAUUAGCGAACAACAAGAAGAUAGUUCUCCCCUCAGAUGUGAUGUCAUCUCCAAAAUAGUACUUAUUCCAGGAAGUCCCUCUUUAAGAAGGUGUAUCCAACGGCUAAGAAGUCUCAGUACGACUACAACAAGGAAAUAUGACCUAAAGAUGAGGACUUCUCCAAUAUUUAUACGACUGAGAUGGAAUACAGGAAGGAUCUCACAAAACUUCUGGAAAAAUCAGAUCCUAGUGAGGAGAAAUUAAGAGAAAAUCUUAUCUGAAAAAUCAAGAAAAUUUGAGACGAAUAUGAACUUUCAGAUGACACUUUCUUCAGAACAAUCUUUCUCUAUGAUUUCAACAGAAGAGUAGUGCACUCUGACUGGGAAGAAAACUGACUGCUUGAGAAUAAACCCCUCAAGGACCUCUUUAUCUUCGGAGAGGGAGAAGCAGGGGAUAAGAAAUUAAUGCAGUACGGCAAGUUCUUUGAUAUCCUCUCAUGCCUUACCAUUUGUGUGAAAUAUUACGAACAUGAGCGUGAAUCUCCCGGGCUGAUUCAUAUCUUGAAAUUUUUCAGAAUGGAGAAACUGGCGGUCAAGAUCAAGACUGAUGAGCCUGAAAUCAAGAAUAUGACAGAUAUCUCUUCCUUGAUACUUGACAUAAUCUAUGAAUACAUUUGUGAAAAGCAGAUGGAAAUUCUAUUCAGAAUAAACUGGAAGAUGCAAAUUGUAAACCCAAAGCAUUUCAUUGACCACUACAUCCGUGUGUUGCCAAGUUUGAAAAUCCUACAGCUGAUAGCUACAAAACAGAAGAAGAUCUUGAAUACCGAGGAGGCCAAAGAGAAAUAAUUAUUUAGACAAUUCUCAUCCCUCAAAGGACCUAGAAUACUCUCAUGGAUUAUUAAGAGAGGAAAUAGAGGACUGAAUUUACUCAAUCACGAAGCUAUCUCCUCUAGUGCCUUCUUAUAUCGAGUAUAAUAGUGCAGAGGUGGCAUCUGCUGCCUUGACCUUAUCAAUCAAGCACUCAGUUAAGACCAUUCUUAACGAAGGAGAGUGCAACAGAGCCGAUGUUGAAAAGUUAAAAGCUCUAUACUCCCGAUGGACAUCAGCUCUAUUGAAGAAAAAUCAGUUAAGCAAAGACAGAGUAGCUGAAUUCUGAGUACUCCUGGAAGUGUUCCUAACCAAAGUCUCAGAGUAAACUUCUCAAGCCUACUCUUUACACACAAAGGGUCUAGAAGUUUCCUAAAUAUAACAAUUUUCAAUCCUCAUAAAGAGU